CAUGACUUCCUCUGCAAAAACAAUAUCUGAAUCACCGCACUUGGAGAUGAAUUCUCAGAAAAAUGAGAGGAAAGGUAAGCUUCACAAGAUCAAGAACAUAAUUAGAAUCAGUGUGCAAGAGUGUUAUUCCAAACAGCGCGGUGAGCAGGUGCAAACUUUAGAAAAUAUGCUGAAAUAUUACUUGACAUUAUCCAACAUCUUGGGCCUCCAUCUCGUGCGCCGCGGCCAGGACGGCGCCUUUGCUAUCUGCCGGUGGGCGGUGGCGUCCUUCGCGGUGCUGGGCCUGGUGUGCCUCCUGUCCAUCCCACCGGCCGUUGCAUCCCUGUUCCUAAGCCCACACUUCUGGUACAAGGUGUUGAUACUCCCUUACAUUUAUGGGUUCUUCUACAGCGUAUACUCCUACAUCCAAGUCGCUCGCUACAGACACGACAUGGUCAAGUUCAUGGAGGCUGCGGGCAGCUUGAAGGUGCCUGUGUUCGGCUGCAUCUUCCUGUGGGUGAUGUGGACCUUAAUCUUCCCUCUGAUGAUCGCAUCAUGUUCAUUGCUCUUGUUCGUAGGUUGGCAGAAAUUCCUAUUCACUCCCUCCAUCGUGGCAGUAAGUCUUGUGCCCGCCGCGCUGGACUGCUACAUGGGCAGCAUAGUCAAAGUGCUUCAUCAGGCCGUUGUCACGUUGGCCGAGGAGGUGGAGAGGCGCGAAGUGUGGACACUGGACGGCGCUCAGCGAGUGAUGAGUGACUGGCACCACAUGGCGGAGCUCUUCAAAAUGUUCAACAAAAUGUUCAGCGUACGUGUACACUUGCGGUUGGUCGGGCUGCUGGUCAACUCACUGUCCUUCACGUUCAUCUUCUGGGCGAUAGAGGACUUCAGAGGGGACUGCUCCAAAAUGGUGGUGUUGAUCGUGCUGCCACUCACAGAGGUGCUGGCGCGCUUCUACCACCUGUGCGAUGUCGGCCAGAGUGUCAUUUGUGCGGGGGAGAACCUUCUGGCAGCCGUGAGGGAAGCAGCAUAUGAGGCCGGGCUGGGGACGCCUUCUUGUGAGGUCCUCUCCGAACUGGCCACUCGUUUGAGUGCCACGCCACUCGCUGUCAAGAACUGGGGCAUGGAAAACCUGUCGGCCCGCACCUAUGUGAAGCUGUCAGGCGUGAUGUUGACUUACGUGGUGGUGCUGCUUCAGUUCUGUGAGCGGAGCAGUUACUCCUUCAGUAGAAACAAGUACGGGCCCACCAUCUCCUACAGCCACUGCUUCUACUCCAACGAGACCUGGUCGUAGCGCUGCCGCACUAUACACUGCUUCUCCAGGUGGUUGCAGCCUCACCAGCUGUCGCUUCGCUGUGCCUCGGCAGAGCUGACCGGAGCAAUGCGUGAGAUGGGCGUCUAAGUAUGUCUUGGCCGUGCAGUCUAACGCGCGGAGAGGGACAGCCUCCGUGUGGUAAGAGGUGCGGCCCUCGACUACCUGAGGCGCAACAGCAACAGGACCACAGCAGCAGUGGGGACGCUCUUCAGGUGACCCUCCUCCCCGCCACGUCCGGUUUGAGGGUCCGCCAGCUAGGAUUAAAAUAACAGGGGAAUCCUUCAUGGGCUUCUUUCCGCGAAUUUGAUACUUCUGCAGGGAAAAAUAAUAAGAGCAGGUAAAAUUGAAUAAAAAAAGUAGAAUAC